CGCUACGGCCGCUUCCUACCCCCGAGAGAGGGCGACGAGGAAAGGCAAAACACCUCCUCCUGGAAGGUCUUUGAAUCAAGUGAGGAAUCAGGCUUUCUUAUCCUUACCAUUGUUGUAUCUGGCCAUUUCUUCAUUUCCCAAGGGCGAACUGUGCUGGAAGGCUUUUCACUAAUUGAUUCCCACAAGUGGCUAAAGAUAGUAAGAAGAGCAGACUGCCUGCUGCUUCGUGCCCAGGCAAAGAAUGAGUGCCGCAUGUUUCGAGUUCAGUUUGGUGGAGAUUCCAAAGAGCAGAUGCUGGCGCACUGCUGUGGUUGCGUCCAGAAGCUGGCAGAGUACGUACCCGUUCAAGUCACAGGUGAACAAAGCCAGAACAGUCCCGAUCAGCUGGCUAACGGUGGAAAUCGUGGGAAGGGCACCGAACAAAAUGCAUCAGUACUAUACAGACCAGGUGAGCCUCUGCCAGAUUCCUGCACAAGCCUUGGAGAAAGAAGAUCUGUAACACAGCUAGCACAGUCCGUGCUGAGGAAGAAGUCCGAGCUCACCCUUACGUACCAGCACUCGGUGUGGCCCGCACGCGAGCUGGGGCCCUUCAUUCGCUUGUGUCUCCUGGAUCAGAACUUCCCGGCUUUUGUGGAAGAUGUGGAGAAGGAAUUGCAGAAACUCACAGAAGGCUGA